AUUAGGGAUUGGUCCUGCUUUGAGCAGGGGGUUGGACUAGAUGUCCUCCUGAGGUCCCUUCCAACCCUGGUAUUCUAUCAUCAGCAGCAGCUUAUUUGAAUUUGCUCACAUCUUUGUUAAGUGGGGUUGAUAGCCAUUAGGAAUGAUUUGCAGAAAGUGCUAGGCACUUAUGCUGAAGUACAGUGAAUGUUACAAGAUACUUUAUCUUCUGAAAAGUCAUCACUGCCUGACCUUCAAUAGAAGCCAGACACAUAACUGCUAUUAUGCCUUUGAAAAUUCCCCCCCCAGUCUCAUAAUUUUCUUCUUUUUGGUAAAGUUUGCAAACCUUGUAACAUGAAAAAUACACAGACAUCAGCCUGUAUAGAUAUGCAUAGAUCAGGCUCUCAGUCCUGCUAUGAGGUACUUUUCUGACUAUAGAAGAAUUAACAAUAAAAAGAAAAGUGAUGGCAAAAUAUAGUAACUAGCCCUAAGAACAACAGAAUUUAGUUAACAAACCUCCCAAAAGCCAGAAAAUCCCCAAUGAACCAUUGAAGAAUUCAUGUUUGUUCCAGUACUAUGGUUCAGAAGACAGGAACUGAAAUCCCCAAGAUAUAAAAAAGAAAUAUCAUAUUGUAGUAAUAGGGGGAUACCCCUUUGAAACAUUUGGCACAUUCAGAACAGUAUCUUCCCACACUACAGCACUAGGAAACAGACUGAAAUGUAUUUACUGACAAAUAGGAGCCAAAAGAUUGGGUUCAUUCACUAACAGAAAUGGGAGUCUCCUGCUCAGGAUGAGUGAAAAUUCCCACAAUUACUCCUUUUCUUUUUACUACAGGGAGGAGUUUCAAGUGUUGCAUUAUUAGAGGCACAUUUCCUCACUUAAGAAGGGGAAGGCAAGUACUGAAGCUGGGAGGGAACUCAGAGAAGAUUAGUACCAAUAUUCAGAUAAAACUCAUUUCCUUAAACCCUGAGCUGUUUGAGAAUCUCCACAAGGGGACUGAUAACAGCGUAAGUGUUAGAGCUAUUGUAAUUUCUUCCCCAUGUUUCACUUGGUAUGUAGUGACAAGUGCUGGUGAAUGCAGUCUCUAGUCUAGGAAAAGCGUGCCCGUUGCUAGGAGUAUGGAAGGAAAAGAGAGAGGGGAAUAGAUUUGAUCAUAGAGUUGAUUUUCAAAAUAUUUUUUUUCUUGAACUCAUGGCUGGGAAACCCAAACUUUACUACUUCAAUGGAAGAGGACAAAUGGAAUCCAUACAUUGGCUGUUGGUGGCAGCUGGAGUUGAGUUUGAAGAAGAAUUUUUGGAAACAAGAGAAUAUGAAAAGCUACUAAAGGAUGGGGUCCUGCUAUUUCAACAAGUGCCCAUGGUGGAAAUUGAUGGGAUGAAGAUGGUGCAGACCAGAGCCAUUCUCAGCUACAUAGCAGGGAAACACAAUCUCUAUGGAAGGAGAGAGCAAUGUACAGUUGACAUGUAUGUGGAAGGAACAGGCGAUCUGAUGGAUGUGAUCAGGGUUCACUAUAAAUUACCCCCCAAGGAAAAGGAGAAGAAUCUUGCUUUAAUCAAUGAGAGGGCCACAACUAGAUAUUUCCCAGUCUAUGAAAAGAUAUGUGGCAGUGAAGGAACAAUUUACAGUCAGCACACAAUGCUGAAAGGAAAACUCAUGAACUUGUAACUGUAAUAAACAAUUUUCUGGCCAUUAAUCUGGGUUUUAAAAUGAAAUAUAAUUAUCCUACAAGUUCUGUAGACCCUGUACCUACUGAAGCAUCUGCAGUUAGAGCCUAAUUUGAUUUUAAUGGAACUCUCUGAAAGUCAGAUCACCUGCAGGAUUGGGACCUCAAAAAGAAUAAAUGUGCUAGAGAUGAUCGGGGCAAACAG